GCCCACUUUUGCGCUUGAUCCUACAGUGUUCAGAAUAGCGUGUAUAAUUUAUGUGCCUUUUCCACUACCGCGCAACUGUGUGUUUGUUCCUGUGAGUGAAACACAAAAUCAGCACAGGGGAAAUGUCGAGAGUUUACAUCGGAAGAUUGAGCUAUCGAGCAAGGGAAAAGGACGUUGAGAAGUUCUUCAAGGGCUAUGGGAAGAUACUUGAAGUUGACCUGAAAAACGGGUAUGGGUUUGUUGAAUUUGAUGACCCCCGCGAUGCAGAUGAUGCUGUGUAUGACCUGAAUGGGAAAGACCUGUGCGGGGAGAGGGUUAUUGUGGAACACACAAAGGGGCCGCGGCGGGACGGCAGCUACGGCUCAGGAGGAGGAGGCGGCGGUGGAGGAGGAGGAGGAGGAGGGGGAGGAGGAGGUGGUGGUGGACGAAGCGGGGGCGGGUAUGGGCGUGGUGGCAGAGACAGAUAUGGCCCACCAGCAAGGACAGACUAUCGGCUGAUCGUUGAGAACUUGUCCAGUCGCUGCAGCUGGCAGGACCUGAAGGACUACAUGAGGCAGGCGGGUGAGGUGACGUAUGCUGACACCAAUAAGGGGCGCAGGAACGAGGGGGUGAUAGAGUUCAGGCUGUACUCUGACAUGAAGAGAGCCCUGGAGAAGCUGGACGGUACAGAGGUGAACGGCAGGAAGAUCCGGCUGAUUGAGGACCGCCCCGGGGCCAAGCGCAGCAAGCGCUCUUACUCUCGCAGCCGCUCCAGGUCUCGCUCCAGGAGCCGUAGGUCCCGUAAGAGCCGCAGCCGCAGUGAGAGCAGCAGUCGCUCCCGCUCCAGGGGUGCUGCCUCCCGCUCACGUAGUCGCUCCCACAGCAAGAAGGACAAGGACAAGACCAAGGGCCGCAGAGAGGAGGAGCGCACCAACGGUGCCCACAAGGCCAAGGAUGUGGGCCGCAGUAAGAGCCGGAGUAAGAGCCGGAGUAAGAGCCGGAGUAAGAGCCGGAGUAAGAGCCGGAGUAAGAGCAAAAAGAGCAGCAAGAAAGAAGGGAAGAAGAGCAGGAAGGAUGAGUCCAGGUCUCGUUCCCGCUCUCGCUCUAGAUCAGCAGCCAAGGAUCGCUCCAGGAAGUCAGGCUCCAAGAGCCGUGAGCCGGCCAAGAGCGACAACGAGGGAGCUGCAGCCGAGAAGGGGGCUCCCCGCUCUCGCUCCCAUACGCCCACUGAAUCCAAACCUAAAUCCAAGUCAAAGUCCAAAUCUCCAUCUCCCUCCCCGGCCAAAGCCCGCUCCCGUUCCCCCUCCAUCUCCCGCUCAGAGUCCCGCUCCAAAUCUCGCUCCGCAUCUCGUUCUCGCUCCCGUUCUCGAUCACAGUCCUAAGCUAGGAUACCAACAUCUCCCAUCCAUUGUUUUUCCCCUCUGUUUCUUCUCGUCCCCUGCACCCCCCCCCCACACUUAAUUUUUUGUCACAUUUCUUUUAGUAUUUUUGAUAAAUGGUUGAAUGAAAAACCCAGGCACUCACGCUCAAGGUGUCUUCCCCAUUUCUUUUAAAUAUACAGUGCUUGUCGGUCAUUCUGCAUAUUUUUCCUGGUAGUGUUGUCUCUUAAUUGAGGUGUUAGUAAAAAUAUGAAAAUGUGUGACCUAAGUUGGAGGGUAUUUGCUUGGAUAGAUUUUUUUUGUAAUUUGACAUUUUAGUUACAAGUGCUGUAGUAAGUGUGUUAACCUUUUAUGACAUACUUAAGCAUACCGAGCUGUCAAUGUUGUGCAGGAGGACGGUUGUUUUGUUCGGUUGUAUCUUCUCAUUUUGUGGAAAAUCCUUUUACCACUUUUAAAAAAAUAAAUCCUGAUCUCAAA